CCCCCGCCUGUCGACGACAACAGCCCCAGAGUGUGGUAGUAAUCUGCCUGCUGUACACAGGAAGAAAACAUGGUUGGCUGCCGGAAGAAGCUUCCUGAAAAGGCUUGGUACGCAAUCUUAUUCUGUGGUGAUGACGAAUCCACCCACACAAUAACCUGCUGUCCUGCAAUGGCAGAGGCUCAUCAGGCUGUGGCGUUCCAGUUCACGAUAACACCGGAAGGCAUCGACCUGCGUCUUUCCUAUCAGGCCCUCAACCAGAUCUACCUGUCAGGAGUGCGAUCAUGGAAAAAGCGUGUCAGCCGCUUAAAGAACCGGAUGAUCAAGGGAGUGUAUCCAGCCAGCCUUUCAUCCUGGCUCUUCGUCGCCAUCGCCAUCCUGGCCACAAUGUAUAUGCGCUCUGAUCCCAGCAUGGGGCUCAUUGCCAAAAUACAGCAACACCUUCCCCUCAGCCUGCACGUGUCUCUCAGCGCUCAAGGUCAGACCAUGCUGUCUGCGCUGGUCUUUAGCACGCUGCUGUGGCUCUCCCUCAUCCUGGCUCUCAGGUUCUGCCUCAAGCUGCUUCUCUCCUACCACCAAUGGAUAUUUGAGCAGCACGGCCGAGCUUCCAACACCACUAAAAUCUGGGGGACUCUACUGGGGCUCUUAUCAAGCAGGAAGCCUCUACUGUACAGCUACCAAACGUCUCUACCUCAUCUGCCUGUCCCUGCCAUUAAGGACACCCUGAGCAGGCACUUGGAGUCCGUGCGCCCUCUCUUGGCUGAUGCCGAUUUUAAGCGGAUGACAAAGUUAGCCUCCGAGUUUGAGCGCAGCCUGGGAAACCGCCUCCAGCGCUACUUGAAACUUAAAGCUCUAUGGGCUACUAACUAUGUGAGUGACUGGUGGGAGGAAUACAUUUACCUGCGUAGCCGAGGCCCCCUAAUGGUCAACAGUAACUACUAUGGCAUGGACUUCCUGUAUGUGACCCCGACUGCUGUGCAAGCUGCCAGGGCAGGCAACACAAUCAGUGCUAUGCUGCUGUACCGCAGGAAGGUCAACAGGGAGGAGCUCAAACCGAGCCGUGUUCCUGGUACAUUCAUCCCUCUGUGUGCUGCCCAAUAUGAGAGGAUGUUCAACACAACACGCACUCCAGGAAUUGAGACAGAUGUUCUCCAGCACUGGCUGGACAGUGAGUGUGUUGCUGUGUACCACAAGGGACGCUAUUUCCGCUUGUGGGUGUACCGGGCCGGCCGCCUGCUCUCUCCUAGGGAGAUCGAGUUCCAGAUUCAGAAGAUCCUGGAUGACCCCUCACCCCCACAAACUGGGGAGGAAUAUCUAGGAGCUCUCACAGCCGGGGACAGGAUUCCUUGGUCUCAGAUAAGGAAGCAAUACUUCAGCACCGGCGUCAACAAGCGGUCGUUGGAUGCCAUCGAGAAGGCCGCCUUCUUUGUAAGUCUGGAUGAUGAAGAGCAGGGCAUGAGGGGAACUGACCCAGAAGGAAACCUGGAUCGCUACGCCAAGUCGCUGCUCCAUGGCAAAUGUUACGACAGAUGGUACGAUAAAUCACUUUCUGUUGUGAUCUACAAGAAUGGGAAGAACGGACUUAACGCUGAGCACUCCUGGGCUGAUGCACCAACUGUUGCUCAUCUUUGGGAGUACACAUUAGCUACAGAUGUGUUCCAUCUGGGAUACACAGAGGAUGGACAUUGUAAGGGUGAAGUGGACCGCUCACUACCCCAACCACAGAGGCUCGUCUGGGACAUCUCGCCGGAGGUUCAGGCCCAAGUGUGCAACUCCCUUGCUGUUGCCCAGGCACUGGCCAAUGAUGUUGACUGCCACAUCUUCCCCUUCAAAGACUUUGGAAAAGGCCACAUAAAGAAGCUUCGGGUCAGCCCUGAUGCAUUCAUUCAAAUCGCCUUACAGCUGGCCUACUACAGGGACCGGGGAGGUUUCUGUCUGACUUACGAAGCAUCAAUGACCCGUCUUUUCAGGGAAGGACGCACAGAGACUGUGCGAUCCUGCUCCAAAGAGAGCAGUGCCUUUGUCAGAGCUUUGGAAAGUUCAGAGACAGCAGAACACUGUUGCCGCCUUUUCAGACUGGCUUCAGAGAGGCACCAGAAUCUUUAUCGCCUGGCAAUGACUGGAGCAGGAAUUGACCGACACCUCUUCUGCCUUUAUGUCGUCUCUAAAUAUUUGGGAGUGGAGUCACCCUUCCUCAAAGAGGUUUUGUCAGAGCCUUGGCGCCUCUCCACCAGUCAGACACCAGUUCAGCAGUUGGAGUUGUUUGACCUGAAGAAUAACCCUGAAUUCGUAUCGCUUGGCGGAGGCUUCGGACCUGUUGCUGAUGAUGGUUACGGCGUUUCUUAUAUCAUCGUGGGCGAGGACAUGAUCAACUUCCACGUGUCGUCCAAGUACUCCUGUAGUGAGACUGAUUCCCACAGGUUUGGCGCUCAGAUAAAGAAAGCCUUCCAAGACCUCAUGACUCUCCUCUCUGCUGACACCAAAACCCCUCCGUCGUCCAAAGCCGAGCCUCUGUCCAAGAAAGCCCUUUGAAGGUUGGGUGGAUAUUCUCCAUGGCGUUGUUUACGUUCCCUUUUCUUCACAAGUUAAUGAAGCUACAUUUUGGCAAUCGUUUCCCUGUGCUGUUUUAGCGCAGGAAAACUAACUUUGUUUUAACACAGCAUUAGGUUCACCUGCACAAGCUAACUGGUUAGCUCCAUAAGACGGGCCAAAAAUGACCAACAGCUCUCGGGUAGGGAUAUAACGUUAAACGCUAUAGUGAUAAACCGCGGUACAACUCUCCACGGUGAGUAUUACCGUUUUUAAAUGAAAAUCAUCGUAAAAUCGUGAUUGAUAACACUGAUGAAAUGACGGACCGGUGAUACUGCUAACAGGAAAAACAAUUAGGAAAAUACAUACCCCAAUCUAAACUUGUACAAACACAUUGUUGUCUCGGCAACUAAACUAUUCAAUGGUGUCCACUGAACGCACAGACUGUUAUCGAUCUAUAAGCGAAGGAAUAAUUAAAAACAGGAAGUGAACUCGCGCAUACUUGCCAACCUUGAGACCUCCAAAUU